UGGUGAUACAAAACGGCCGGAUCGCAUCGAAAAUGCAGCGUGUGAUGUUGGAUCAGAGUGGCGUCACACUUUCGCCCAAACAAAAGCGCCUAUCCGUCGGGUUCGGGGCCGGGUCUUCGGUACAGAUUCACAAAACGGCCACACCGCCCGCCAUGCAGCAACGCUCCUCGGUGUCGACGCACAGCGAGUCGAAAGUGGUUUACGACGAUGGUGCCACUCCCGGUAGAAGGAAGAGCCUGCACGAGGCGCUACUGAUGCGUCUCCUAUCGACACCGAGCGAUGAGCCGCUGUUUCAGCGUAGCUCAUCGGACGCACCCGAAUCGCAGCGUACGGCGGACGAUUCCUUCGACAGCUGCCUGUCCGGAAGAAGCUCACCGUUUGAACUGGAUCUGCUGCACCAAACACCGGAUGCGAUGCGAUGCAAUACUCCGCCGGCGGUCGAAUCGGUCCAGCCGCCCAACCGCCAUCUGCAACUGCUGAUGCGUGAUUACAACAGUCCUUCAGCGACGGCUAGAUUGCGGGCAGUGCGUGCCCUGAAUUCCGUCUCCAAGCGCAACGCGUACGGCAACUUCGAUGUGUCGUAUGCGGAACAGGACAUCAUUACGGAGGAGGAGCGACAGGCGCUGGAAAAGCGCACGAUUCAGGAGGUGAUGCGCGAGGUGUGCGUGUACGUGGAGGUACGUUCCGGGACGGACAAUCGGUCGGACGGUAUCAAGGAACACAUCGCAUCGCUCGGGGCGAAAGUUAACGAGCGACUCUUGAAGGACACAACUCACGUAAUCUUCAAGGAUGGAUUGCUUUCCACGUACCAAAAGGCGAAAAAGAUGAACAUCCCGAUUGUUUCGAUACUGUGGAUCGAGGCGUGCAAACGGCACAACUGCCUGAUGAACCCGAAUGACUUUAAAAUUUCCAACCUAGAACGGUACGAAAAUCCUGAUCUCUUUAAACGAAUUCGACGUCAAAAAUCGAUGCAACCUGGUGCAGAGGCAGCAGCUGGAGCCAAGAAACGCCCCAACGUCGCAGCAAAGACAAAGGCAGCCCCCGUGGCUCCAGUGAUAUCUCCACCGGCGAAGCUCCCGGUGCUGCAUCGGAUCCGGAAAGACGAUCGUCUAGAGCGCAUACUGAGCGAUUUUGAAGCAGAAAAUCAAAUCGACAGUUCGGCCGACGGUCCGAUCGAUGAGUACGAUCAGAUGCUUCAGGCGGCUCCCAUGCGCUUGCUGGAACGCUUCCGAUCUACACCGACACCGAUGGAAAGGGAUGAGGAUAAUCCGACCUCAGCCACUACACCAACCACUUCCUUCGGCACCAAUGCGGCCAGAGAGGAGCAAACACCACAGGAAGCGAACAACGAAACGCUUACACGUCGAGCUCUUUUCCCCGGAUCUGGAACGAAGCCACGAUCUUCCGGCACUCCCCGAGGGCGUCGCAAGACGGUAAUGUUUACCCCGCAAAUGACGAAUGUAGAAGAGGAGCAAACCGUGGCCGACACCAACUGCAAUGAGAUCGAUGAAACUCCAAAGCAGACUUUUCGUAAAACGAUUGUGCUACCAAAUGAGGACGCAACUUCCAUCGAAACAGAAAAGUCGUCAAACGCUUCAAACCGGCGUAAGACUAUCGUUGCUGCUGCUGCUGCGACUGAAAUUGACACGGUGCCAUCCACCACGACCACCGCCAGAUCCACUCGCACGCGUCGCAGCACACUCAUUCCGAGCGGAAAGGAACAUGUUUCUCUUCCGAAGGAUCAACAACCUAGUCUCAGUGAGCGUAACGAUCUCAACCAAACGGAAGAACCUAUCACAAUCAGCGAUUCGUCCGUGCAGCUUCGCCCUGUGCGAGUAUCUAGUCGGCGUAAAACGAUCGUCGCUGCAAAGGAAGCCGAAACUUCGGGUCCAGCAGUAGUCACACCAGCGUCUAACGUGUCGAAGAACAAACGUUCCCGGCGAAAGACGAUCGCUUUCGGUAAUGAGGAGAAUACGCCACCCGUAUCUGCGGCCAUAUCGAUGGAACUAACAAAGACUGAUUUAACGGCAAAGAAGGUCAUUUCGAGAGCACGUGGUACGAUCUGCUCGCCGAAAGACAUGGAAAUGUCAAGCAUUACUCGUCAGAAUCCAAAGGGUGUGAACCCCAUUGCCGGAGAACUGACAAAGAUAAACAGCACUGGAUCUGUAAUAAGCAUUUCAUCGGAAGAAGGCAAUCGUCCUGCGACAAACGCCCCUAAGGAUCGUCGCCGAACCCUGUUCAUCCCGACCGUUGAGCGUGCGACGGAUGCGAUCAUUAAGGCGUCACCGAACGAUACGACACGAUCAUCGCUGGGACUUUCCCUAAUCAACCGGCGUAGAACACUGUACACACCGAGCCACUCCUCCACUGCGAUGGAACCGCUGGAAGUGAGUGAAACACCACCACCGCUCACCGAUUCAUUCCACCAACAGUCGGACUCACGUCAGACGCAUGCCGAUGGCAGCAGUAUCGUCAAUCGACCGAAUCCUACCUCCAGCUCUACGCCAAAGUGUACGGUGGAACCGCCGGAACCGACCUCAGCACCGAACCGUAGAAAAACGCUUCUCCAGCAGUACGAAGAUUCGCUCGUCUUCAGCUCAACGCGUGCACCGGAUCGUCGACGUCGUACCGUGUUUGACAUCACGAUGGACAUUAUGGACCAUCGGCUGACGGAAAUCAACCGUCAGGCGGCGGCAGCAGCAGCAGCAGCAUCAUCCAAGCCACAAAGUGAAGAAGCCAACCCCACAACGGAUAGACCAGCCCCCUCCGUGGCACCGGUUGAAGUUACCCUAAAAUCACCAACACCUCAGGCCAUUCAAACCUGUAUGGAUACGUACUACCGGAAGGCGGCCAAAUCGACCGAAAAAGCACCACCACCUCAACCGACCGAAGAACCACCCCGCAAGCGUAAACUGUUUAAUGUUCAAACAUCGGAAGAGGACAUAAUGCCGCGACUGGCCACCGUCGGGCGUAGUAAUAAAACACCAGCAGCGACUAAACGACGCUCACUGGCACCUUCGAGUGAUAUGAAAAGCCCGACAAGCUCGUUAACGAAGAAACGGCGCACAACGGCACUGUUCACGUCGCAAGCCGAACCUGGCCAGUGUCAGCCAGAGAAGGAAGGACCGAGGAAGAAUCUAUUCCCUGUUGGAAGAGGCCUACCAACGAUGGCAUCACAGUAUCCACCGAACGGUGGGCAGACACAGCAAAACGGUGGACCACUGCUUCCCCGUCAAUACCUGGCCACCACUAACCUGCACACCGAGCAGAGCACGUUCGUGAAGGAGGCCAUUGCAAGCCUUGACGGAUUCAUCAUCGAAGCGAACGUGUCCGACAACACCACCCAUCUGGUAACGCUCGAGCCGCGCCGUACGAUCAAUCUGCUGCGUGCGCUCAUCCGCGGUCUGUGGAUCGUGCGCUACGAAUGGAUCGUAGAAUCGUACCACACCGGUCGGUGGCUACCGGAGGAACGGUUCGAGCUGAAGGAGUUUUCCCGCGCGGUACAGCUGAACCGGAGCGAACGGCAAGCCUUCGGCAGCCAGUACCGCAACGAGCUGUGGGCUGACUUUGCCCCAUUCUGGAUAUCGCCGCGCUGUGCCGUGCCCGCGCAGCAGUUGCGCGAGCUGAUCGUGCUGUGCCGCGGAAAGGUGACCGGUAAUGCGUCGCGGGCAAAGUUUCUCGUGGUGGAACCGAACGAUAACGAUGCGGCACCGAUCGAGGGGCAGAUUGUGGUUGCCCCCGGCUGGAUUCUGGACAGCAUUACCAUCAACAAGGUAAAGAAGCUGUCGAAAAAGUAUCGCAUCGAGUGAUACUGUUUAUUUUAAAGACUGACUAU